CUCCCAAUAUCCAUCCACCUUCACUUUCUUUACUCACAGAGAUGCCAUUUCAUUUCAUUACGGGUUUAGUAUAGUGUAAUAGCCUUGCCAAAAAGCAGUAUUGGAAAAGAUGAGGAGUCGCGUAAUAAUAGGAAAGGAUCGUUGUUAGUUUUUGGUAGGGUGUGAUGAUGGCCAGGGUUGUAAGUAAAAUCGGGCUUAAUUAAAUAUCUCGUUUAAAUACUUUUCGUUAUUAAAUUAAAAGCAACCUUGUGCAGCAAAGCUUAACGAUUCAUCUCUGCCAGUCACUAUUACAUAACUGCCAUUUUCUAUUGUUAAAUUGAUGAUUAGUGACAUUCUUUUCUUCUUAUAUGGCCUGAGAUUGGUUCCUUUCGUUUUUGGUUGGUUUCGUAGAUCGAUCUGUUUUUAAUUGGGGGACAAAAAAGCUAUUAUAUGGAGAAGGAUUCAUAAACUUGGGUUAACAUCAGCUCUUUUUACGAUCCUAAUUUAAUUGUGUUAUUAAGUUUUCAGUUGUAACAAGAUUCUUGAUACAAGAAGAAUCAUAAAAGUUUUCGUUAGUGGUUUGUGCCUUGUUAUUUACUUGUCUCACUUUUGGUUUUGCUAUCUGGGAGUGAGUGAGUUUGACUGGUUGAGUGACAGUUUGUUUAGUUGUUAUAUUUUGUGACUGUAUGUGUUUAAAUAAGGUGUGGUGCUACUUGCUAAACCGGCUAAUUAAUUAAUUAGUACAAACUAAUUAAGUCGUCGACCACGAAAUUAGCAAAAUAAAUAAAAGACGUAACGUGACCGUGACAUCGAUUAAUACCGUGCCGUGCCUCCUCUGGAUGUGUUUACAUUUUCACGUAGUGAAAGUUGAAGAAAGUUUUUUUUAACUGAUAUUAUUUAAAACGGGAUAACUUAAAUAAAUCAACAAGAUGCCGGUGUUUCAUACGAAAACGAUUGAAAGUAUUUUGGAGCCUGUCGCCCAACAGGUCUCCCGGCUCGUUAUCUUACACGAAGAAGCCGAAGAUGGCAACGCCAUGCCGGAUUUGGAAAAACCCGUCUUCGGAGUGUCCCGAGCUGUUCAAAAUCUCGUCAAAGUCGGGCGCGAAACGAUCCAAUCAUCCGAUGAUGCUAUUUUGCGCCAGGAUAUGCCGGCCGCCCUGCAACGGGUCGAACAGGCCGCCCGUCACCUUGAAGAAGCGUCAGGCAUGCUUAAAGCUGACCCAUUUUCGCAGCCAGCGCGAAAAAAGUUGAUUGAAGGGUCACGCGGAAUUCUUCAAGGCACCUCCUCCCUCCUCUUGUGCUUUGAUGAGUCGGAAGUUCGCAAAAUCAUCUCCGAGUGUAAACGCGUCCUUGAUUAUCUCGCUGUCGCUGAGGUCGUCGAUUCUCUCGAAGACUUGGUCCGCUUCGUUAAAGAUUUGUCCCCGUGUCUCUCCAAAGUGUCCCGCGAGGUGGAUGGACGUCAAAAGGAAUUGACGCACCAAGUUCAUCGGGACAUUUUGAUCCGCUGUCUUGAAGAGGUCAAGACACUAACCCCCAUUCUCAUCUGUUCAAUGAAAAUUUACAUCCAAAUACAUGCCCAGGGCGGGAAGGGUGGUGAAGAGGCGGGGAUGAACCGCGACUAUUUGGCGCAACGGAUGACGGACGAGUUGAACGAGAUCAUCCGCGUCCUCCAACUCACGACGUAUGACGAGGACGAAUGGGAUGCCGAUAAUCUCACCGGGAUGAAGAGGCAGUUGCAAGUUAUCGACUCAAAGAUGACGGCUGCAUAUGAUUGGCUACGGGACCCUCGCGCCCUACGUGGCGGGGUUGGGGAAAAAUCCGUCCGUGGGAUUCUGGACGCAGCGAUGAAAGUCUCUGACCGCUGUUUACCUCAAGAUCGCGACCCCAUCCGCAAAAUGACCGGUGACAUCUAUUCCAUGACGGACGGGCUGUGCGAACUCCGAUCCGCGGGACAGGGAGAUUCUCCGCAAGCCGAAUCCUUAGCCAAGGGGAUCGAACAAAAAUUGGCCGAGCUGAACGGUCUUGUCCUUCGUGCCGUUACCAACGCUGAACGUUCCGGCAUCCUUCAACCUGCCCAUACGGUCACCGGAAGAUUGGAGCAAGCCCGCAAGUGGUUGGGAAAUCCAGCCGUGGAUGACAGGGGUCUGGGUCAGAGGGCAAUCUCACUAAUUGUGGAUGAGGCAAGGCGAGUGGCGGAUGGAUUACCUGGUGUGCAGAAGGCCGAACUACUCAACCUCAGCGACCAGGUGGACUCGCUCCUCCACCAACUAGGCGAACUUUGCCGUCGUGGUGAAGGUAACUCCCCGGCUGGGCAGGCAAUCGCGGGCCAACUCGUCGCCAAACUGGCGGAGUUGAAGAACAAGAUCCAAACCGCGGUUAUCAACAGGGUCGUGGAAGAUUUUGUCGACACGGUUACACCCCUUCGCCAAUUCACGGAGGCCGUCCUCGCACCCGAAGGAAGUCCCGGGCGCGACCAAAACUUUGUCGAAAGGGCCACCGCGUUGCAAAACUAUUCCGGCCGAGCAUCCAAAACUGCGCGCAUGGUGGCAGCCGGUGGAGCGGGGGAUAAUAAAAAAUUGGCAGAGGCACUUCUCUUCGGCGCCUCCCAGGUCGAGUCACUCACCCCUCAGCUGAUCAACGCGGGCAGGAUUAGGAUGGCGUAUCCGGAUAAUGGCGCUGCCAACGAGCAUUUUGAAAACUUGAAGACGCAGUAUGCCGACAGUAUUGCGAAAGUGAGGGAUUUGUGCGAUGAGGCGAUUGACUCUGGUCACUUCAUUCAACAAUCGGAGGAGGCCAUCAAGAAGCACACUGUGCUCUGCGAAGACGCCAUCCGAUCAAAACAGCCACCAAAAAUGGUGGACAACACGAGCUCUAUUGCCCGCUUGGCGAAUCGCGUCCUCAUGGUAGCACGGCAAGAAGCUGAUAACUCGGAGGAUGCCAACUUCAUUCGCAACGUUUCCCACGCCGCAGACCAACUGCAGUCGACCCUCCCACCCAUGGUUCAAUCCGCGAAAUCCGUCGCCAUUUCAAUGUCCGACCCAUCCGCUGCGUCGCGAUGGCGGGACACAAACAACGACCUUCUUUCAUCGGUUGGUCUCGUCAGAAAAGCCGUCACUGUCCACGAAUUGCCACUCCCUCCACCACCCCCACUUCCAGACAUGUCCUCCCUCUACGUCUCACCACCAUCACGACCCCCUCCUCCCGCCGGAAUGAUGUCAAACUAUGCCACCACCAGCGGUCCACCACCACCACGUCCCCCACCCCCAGAAACGGACGACGAAGACGACAUGGCUCUCAUGUUCAAUACUACACCCACUCCGAACCAGCCAAUCAUGAUGGCGGCGCAUAGCCUCCACCAUGUCGUGGGACAAUGGUCCUCCAAGGAUAAUGAAAUCGUCGCCUCCGCCAAACGGAUGGCACUCUUGAUGGCACGAUUAUCGCAAUUGGUGCGUGGCGAAGGUGGGACGAAAAAAGAUUUGAUCGCUUGCGCCAAGGAAAUUGCCGAGGCGUCGGAGGAAGUCACCCGCUUGGCGAAGGAGUUAUCGCGCGAUUGUACGGACAAAAGGAUGCGAACGAGUCUGUUGCAAGUUUGCGAGCGGAUCCCCACCAUCGGAACGCAACUUAAAAUCCUGUCCACCGUAAAGGCCACCAUGUUAGGGGCACAAGACACAAUCCCGAGGCGAAUAGACGCUGAGAUUAUCGGGGGUACGGAGGAGGAUCGCGAAGCUACGGAGAUGCUGGUAGGAAAUGCACAAAAUUUGAUGCAGUCGGUCAAAGAAACCGUCAGAGCGGCGGAAGCUGCCUCCAUCAAGAUGCGAACCGAUGCGGGCGUCAGGAUGCGAUGGGUGCGAAAACAGCCCUGGUACCACUACUAAAAAUUAUGAUGGAGACCCCACCCCCAUAAAUUUUGCAGAGCUUCUUCUCCCACAAAAAAAAGUGUCAUGGAUCAUCCCUCAAUCAUCGAUCUUGUGCCUUACGUUUUCUUUUUCGAGCAAUUUAUGAUAUUCUCACCAUGUGUUCUUCUUAAGGGUAGAAUGGCCUAAAAGUUAAAGUUAACAGUAAUUUACUAAUUCAGAUUCUCUACCUUAAAAAAUAAUAUCUUCAACUUGGGUGCUUAUCUUUUGAAUAACUGUGCGUAUCUAAUUAGCACAGAUUUACCAAAAAAAACAUACUAUAAAACUUUUAAAUGACACUUGUAAUAAUGACUCCUUUCUAAUUAUUAUUUGGGGGAUACGCGAGCCCCUUAAAAAUUACCACUUUAAUUAUAUAAAAAAUUUACUGAUAAUGAAAAACGGAGCUAAUCUAAAAACCACAAGUGCUGGACGAAACAGUCUUAACUAAUUAACGAAAUUAUACUGUAAGUGUAGACUAUGCUAAAAUUCUAACCAAAUUAACAACAGUAUUCUUACAUGCCAAUAUGUAUAAUAAUGAAUUAUAGAGAAAUAAUUAAAUUUAAAAAGUGCCACCAAUUUAAUAAGUAAUAUCCUACUCAUCAGCCAGUAACCAGUAAAAAUAAGUUUAAUUAUUAAGUACAAUGCUGCCAAGUUGAAUAAUAUGCUUAAAAUCCUUCAACUAUAUUAAAUGUAAGAUUUGAAGCAAUAAAGUGUAGGUUGACAAUUAAAACACGAAA